UGGACUGAAGUUAAAUUUCUGGGAGAAUGGACCAGCACCUGGACAAUUUUAUUCAUUUCCAGGUGCCGGUAACAGUACCGUUCCCGGAUGUGGACCCGUACGACACACACUUAAUCCCAUGGUGACUGGGACAUCGGUGCUUGGGGUGAAGUUUACAGGCGGCGUUAUCAUCGCUGCUGACAUGCUCGGCUCUUAUGGCUCGCUGGCCCGUUUCCGCAACAUCUCCCGUCUCAUGAAAGUCAAUGACGCCACCAUACUUGGAGCUUCAGGGGACUAUGCAGACUACCAGUACAUCAAACAAGUCAUUGAACAGAUGGUGAUUGAUGAGGAACUCCUUGGAGAUGGCCACAGCUAUAGUCCCAAAGCCAUCCACUCCUGGCUUACUCGUGUCAUGUACAACCGCCGCAGCAGAAUGAACCCACUCUGGAACACGGUCGUUAUCGGUGGAUUUUACAAUGGAGAAAGCUUCCUGGGCUAUGUAGACAAGCUAGGUGUUGCAUAUGAAGCUCCAGCAGUGGCCACAGGAUUUGGUGCAUACUUGGCUCAGCCCUUGAUGAGAGAGGUGCUUGAGAACAAAGUAGAAGUUUCCAAGGAUGAGGCAAGGGCACUGAUUGAGCGAUGUCUCAAAGUGCUGUAUUACCGAGAUGCCCGUUCUUACAACCGACACGAGAUUGCCAUUGUGACUCAAGAAGGGGUUGAGAUUCUUGGACCGCUGUCAUCAGAAACAAACUGGGAAAUUGCCCGUAUGGUCAGUGGCUUUGAAUGAAGGCUCAUUUUGCUCGUCUGAAUUUCUUUCAUAAAUGGAUUAUUUGUACCACGUUGGAUCUGCGUUAUCAAGACUACACUUAGUUUAUUUUACAUUUGUAUUUGACUUUAUUAUUAUUAUUCUAAAAUGUGGAAAAAUAAAAAUAAAGAAUGAAUGUGUCUAAA